CUCCGUGCUUAAUACAAAUUCUCUCAUCACAUCCUUUCUUUUUCACUCGGGGCCAUUGACUUGAGCAUAUUCAGUGCGUCGUAAAGCAAAAAGAUACUAAUGGCUAAAGUCAUGUUUGGUUUGGUCUGCAGCUUCCUCGUAUUAUGCUGUUUCACAAUCAACACUAGCGCCUUCUCACCUUCUGGAUGGACCAAUGCCCAUGCCACUUUUUAUGGAGGUAGCGAUGCCUCGGGGACCAUGGGAGGAGCUUGUGGGUAUGGGAAUCUGUAUUCGACAGGGUACGGAACUGAUACAGCGGCAUUAAGUACUGCCAUAUUUAACGAUGGAGCUUCAUGUGGGGAGUGUUACAAAAUCAUAUGCGAUUAUCAAACAGAUCCCAGAUGGUGCUUGAAAGGAGCAUCAGUAACCAUAACUGCCACAAACUUCUGCCCUCCCAAUUUUGCUCUUCCCAACAACAACGGAGGAUGGUGCAACCCACCUCUCAAACAUUUCGACAUGGCUCAACCCGCAUGGGAAAAGAUUGGUAUCUAUCGAGGAGGGAUCGUGCCAGUGUUGUUCCAAAGGGUUCCAUGCGUGAAGAAGGGAGGGAUUAGGUUCAGUGUGAAUGGGAGAGACUACUUUGAGCUUGUAUUGAUCAGCAACGUGGGAGGGGCUGGAUCUAUUCAAUCUGUGUCUAUCAAAGGCUCAAAAACUGGAUGGAUGACUAUGUCAAGAAACUGGGGAGCUAAUUGGCAAUCCAAUGCGUAUUUGAAUGGUCAAUCUUUGUCCUUCAGGGUCACAACCACCGAUGGUGUAACUAGGUUUUUCCAAGACGUUGUUCCAUCAAAUUGGGCUUUUGGCCAGACUUUCCCUACUAGUGUCCAGUUUUAAGGGCCCAAAACAACUAUUGAGUUGUGGGUUUUGGACUUUCUCAUGGACGAAACGGCAGUGGCGUGCUUAUUAUUUUACUGGGAGCAGCCCGCCACCUAUCUACUCUGCUUUUGAAUUGGGUAAAUAUAGUGAGACCGAACCCAUGAACUUGAUGUCCUUAAUGAAGGAGCCCAAAGUGGCAUUGCAUUUACGUGAAUUAUUAUUUUAUAAGGAAUUAUAUGUCAGCUGUAAGCCACGUAAAAGUAAACAUAUUCAGAGUUUGAAUCAUACCAUACUAUAAAAUGUUGUUAUGCGAA